AUGCCCCCCGGUGACCUCCCGGCCAGCCUGGUCGCAGGCAAGCCUACCCCGACUUUAAAUACUUCAGGAUAUGGGAGCAGCUAUUCGAAAAACACACCCACCUCGCCCGAAGACAGUCUAAUUCCAUUUGACUCCCCCACCACGCGCACUGCAGGAAAUCAUAGCCCGCUCAGCCAGGAUGAUCGCUCAGGUCGUGGACUCGAGCCUGAACAAUCAGGAUAUCGAGAUCGAUCUAAUGCGAGAGAUCGCUCACGUACCAAUGGACGGUCACACAACAAAUCACCUGGAUCCUCACGUAUCUGCCAAAAGUGCAAUGAGCCACUUACCGGGCAAUUCGUCCGAGCCCUAGGUGGUACCUUCCAUCUCGAAUGUUUUAAAUGCGAGGAUUGUGGUGAGAUUGUCGCUUCAAAAUUCUUCCCCGUUGAUUCAGAGGACCAUAAACUCCAAUUUCCCCUGUGCGAAACGGACUACUUCCGACGUUUGAACCUGCUGUGUCAUGACUGUGGAGGUGCCCUGCGCGGUUCCUACAUUACCGCAUUGGAUCGCAAGUACCACAUUGAACACUUUACUUGCUCAGUAUGUCCAACGGUCUUUGGAGCCCAGGAUUCGUACUAUGAGCACGAAGGGAAGGUUUAUUGCCACUUCCACUAUUCAACACAUUUUGCGCAGCGUUGUCAUGGUUGUCAUACCGCGAUUCUCAAGCAAUUCGUUGAGAUCUUCCGCAAUGGUCAAAAUCAACAUUGGCACCCGGAGUGUUACAUGAUCCACAAAUUUUGGAAUGUGCGGUUGUCCCCUGCUGGUCAAGCGUGGGAGACACCGCCACUUGAUGAAGAUGCCACCCCAGAGGAACGUGAGCGCAUUCGGCGAGAGGAAGAUACAAUGGAAGAAAAAGUUUACAACAUUUGGAGUACACUGUCGACCUUCGAAGAAUCAUCGGCUGCUUGCAUAUCGGACAUGCUCUUACAUGUCAGCAAUGGCGUUUAUAUUGAUGGAGUCCUAGUGGCUAAGAGAUUUAUCGCUCAUGUGGAGAUUCUUUUCACGGCCGUUGAUGAACUGGCAACCUUUAUCAAGUCACAGGGAGUGAAGGAGCUGUCAUAUGGUCGAGAAGCCAAGCUACUCUGCAAGAAGAUUGUGGCUUUCUUCGCUCUCUUGUCAAAAACCCAGGAGACUGGAGUUCGGAAACUUGGUGUGACACAGGAGCUACUUUCACUGGUGACGGGUCUUGCACACUACCUGAAGCUACUUAUCCGCAUCGGUCUUCAAGGUGCUUUGAAACUGGAACGCGAGAAAUCUGCCCCGGACGGUCUGCAUGAGUUCCUGGGUCAUCUUGCCAACACGGAAUCUCUUGCUCAGCCAGAGGAUGAAGAAGGCCCCAUUGACCUCAAUGCUGGGGUAGAGGGUCUGGCGGACCAACUCUCAGACUGUUGCAUUCAAUGCAAAGAACCCAUCGAUGACGAGUGUCUGCUUUUGGAGGACAAGCGCUGGCAUCUGAAGCCUCCCCAUCUAUCAUGCUCUUCUUGUGAAAAAGACCUGAGCACUGACCUACCCGACGCGCUCUGGAGCGAGGCUGAAAAAAGCAUAUACUGUUCUGCUUGUGCUGAUCAGCACAAUAUCUCAUCUAAUGCCCAAAAGGGUUUCAUUCAGGUCACCAAAUUACAGCAAUUCGUUUUCUUACUGCGUGUUGCGCUGGCUCGAUUGCUAGCCGUGCUUCGUGCAGGCGGUACACUACCCCACACCUCGGAUGACCCCAAUCUUAACGACUAUCAAAACAAGGAAGGCUACCGAGCGCAGCCGGGUGAACCUCGACGAGCCAACACACGGUCCAUGUCGUAUAGUGCAGGUGGUGGUCGCGAUGGAUUCGAAGAGUCUUCGCUUGAACAGACUGUUGGUGAAAUGCGCCGACUGCGCUCAAUUCGCAAUGAGCGUACCUUGUCCACAACAUAUAAAAAGGCUCGUGCGUCCCGAAUUAUCGAUGGCCCGGAGGGCAGAAGUGCACGACCGGGAUCAUCUGGAAAUGACGGUAGCGACUCUAGAGGUCCCGGAUUCCAGAUUGUUGAGGAAAGGGAUGCCAAUGGCGACACUGUCAAAGAUUUAACAUUUGGGGCCCAAGAUGCACUUACUUUAGAUGACAUUCCGCGGAUUGUUGCCGCCGAGCAGGCUAAGGAACAACGGCCCAACGCAUACAAACACGCCGGAUCGAAGCUUGUCGCGCCCCAGGAGCCGAUGCCCGUGUACAAGGCUGGCCACCAGCGUGAGAUGUCUGUUGGAAGAUUAGACAUGAUGUUAGAGCCUGCUACGCGCACCAAGCGAUAUUUUUCCGAACUCACAGCCUUGGAAUACUUCAUCGUUCGCCAUGUUGCUGUCUUGUCAAUGGAGCCAUUAUUGGAAGGCCAAUUCAAUAUGGAAGAGCUACUCUCUCUCAUCGAGUCCCGCAAGCCGACCGUCUGGAACAUCUUUGGUCGUGCCUUCAAGGAUAACAAGAAAGCGGGCAAGAAGAAGGGUGUUUUCGGGGUAUCUCUAGACUACUUGGUCGAGAAGGAAGGGGGAACCGAGUCCAGCCAUGGUGUUGGGCCUGGUGCCUUGCGUAUCCCCACGGUUGUGGACGAUGCUGUCUCUGCGAUGCGUCAAAUGGACAUGUCAGUUGAAGGUGUCUUCCGGAAGAACGGCAACAUUCGACGACUAAAGGAUUUGGCCGAGCUUAUCGACAAGAAAUAUGAGUCGGUUGAUAUGGCCAAAGAGAGCCCCGUGCAGGUUGCAGCUCUCUUGAAGAAAUUUUUGCGUGAGAUGCCGGAUCCCUUGAUGACCUUCAAAUUGCACCGUCUUUGGGUUGCCGCACAAAAAUUGCCUGAUCCUGAAAAACAAAAGCGACUGCUGCAUCUCACAUGCUGUCUGCUUCCCAAGGCCCACCGCGAUACUAUGGAAGUGCUGUUCUCCUUCCUAAACUGGACAUCGUCCUUCUCGCAUGUGGAUGAAGAGUCUGGAAGCAAAAUGGACAUUCACAACCUUGCAACGGUCAUCACACCCAACAUUCUUUACCCCAAUGCGAAAGCCAGCACCGUGGAUGAGAGCUUUUUAGCCAUCGAGGCAGUCAAUUCGCUAAUCACGUAUAAUGAUAACAUGUGCGAAAUUCCCGAGGACUUGCAGUCCAUCCUCAACGAUCCUACUCUAUUUAGGGAGAAUGCCGAAGUCACCACAAAGGAGAUUCUUAAACGGUAUGGCGAUAUUGCCCGUGGAAGCUUCUCAACCAGACCCGACAAUGGCGGUGAGACUUUCACGAUCACCAACUCCAAUCGACACAACACCCCGACCUCGGCUCGCAUCGAAUCCGAUCCCUCUCAAGACGCAGCUUGGCAAAUGCAAAGUUCUGUUCGCCAUGUACCUGGGCCCAGCGGACAUUCUCAUUCAUCGAGUGCUGCUCCUCAGGCCGGGUUGGACUUUGUACCACCGGAGCCCAGCUACCACCGGGACCGCAGUACCAGCAAUGGAAGUCAACAAAAUCCUGAUGGCCAGUCACAAAAUGUCCCCUAUCGACCUCGUCCUAGUCCAGGUGCUAUGGGCGUUACAGGGUAG